AUGUGGAGAUUGAGAUUUCUUUUCGCAUUUCUCGUUUUUAUUGCCACACUCAGGGCUUGGACAAUUGAAGGUCCAUCAGAUAUUGUUUCGGGAGCGUCAGCAAGAUCGGCUCAUGAAGCGAAUCUCUUGAGAAAUCGAUUGAUCAAGGCUAUGUUUCAUGUUGAUCCGAAUGGCCCGACUCAAUGGAUAAGAAAGUGGAGAUCGACCAGUGAUCAAAUG